AUGCCCCCAUGGGGAAGACCACCAGGGGGCCAGGGGAGGGGAAGAAGGGAGUGGGAGAGACCGGCGGAAGGCGUAUACAGAUUUCAAGAAUUGGACAGCGAUGAAGACGGCUUGCACGGCGUUGCUUUGGAUCCGAGCAUGCAAAAGAGACACUCUUUUAACCCUGACGAAUUAUAUUUCAAUGAUAUGGACCCAAGGGCUUGGGAACAGAUGGUUGCGGGGCGGGACGGCCUGGCAUAUAGGGAUGCUUAUGAUCAUUCUGAGGAGGAAGACGACUAUUUCCAGGAAGGUGGAGGGGCAAUCGUGCACCUUGCUCCACUGGACCAGGAGGAGGUGCUAUUUCAAAGAGUUUUAGACAAGAUUAGGAGAGCUAGGGGGACUGGCAAGCCAAAUGUGGCUUUGACGCAGGAAGAAUUGGAGGCUUACGAAUCAAGGAUGCUACGAAACCAACAGGUUCCGGCGCCAGCAGCGCGCGCGCCUGCCAAAAUCAAAAGUAGUAGUUCAACCCCCAACAGCGCCAACAGCAGUACUCGGUCAAAGAAUGGGCAGCGGAGGUCUUCGUCGAUUUUCUCGUCGCCGAAGCCAGUCACGCCGAAGUCAGCCAAGAAUAAGUCGAGUGGCAGUGGAAAGAAACGUGUGUCCUCAGGCCAAUUUGACGGCGCUCCACCACCCGCACCAGCUCCCGGCUUCAUGAUUCCAGGACCUGAUGGACAGCCAAUGUAUGCGCCCAUUACCUACAACCCCCGCGGUCCCCAAUCUCGUUCUGCGCGCUCCACUUCCGCUCAUUCCCGGCCUGGUUCCCGUUCGGCAUCAGUCAGCAGUCGGAAUGGCAGCCAUCCUUCAACUCCUCCUCGAGAAGCUCCAGGAGCGUUCCCCACCGACUCACCUCAACGUUAUCAAGACGUGACGCCUCCAGUCCAAAAGGGUCGCCAGUCCUCAUAUCCAACCCGCCAAAACUCGUUUCCAGACGAUGCCGACCGGUCUCAGGCCGCUCGCAGUCGGUCUGACCCCUCUGCUCUCCACCAACUUCCGAUUCAACCUCCUCCUCAACUGGUACCCUUCCCCGUGCAGCCUUACCAGCACUACAAUGCAGACCCCUAUCAAUAUCAUAUGGCCCAGUCAGUCGCCGAACGCGCCAAACUAUUUGAUCCCUCUAAGGCUUCUUCUUCACCCUCAAUGGUCCCGACAUCAGUUCCGCCCCCAUCUCAGCCUCAGGUUGCUUCCCAAUAUGCCCAGAGCCGCCGCUUAGCUCUACCCGUGCCUGAUAACUACAUCAACAUGCCGCGUCGUGUUCCUGUGCCGAACCAACGGGCGAGUGGCAUGCAGAGCAGCUACUCAGACCCUUUGCUUGGCUACAAGGCCAGCGGGCUGCGAGAUGAACUCAGCGAUGAUGACGACGAUGAUGGACAGCACGGUGUGCUAGUCGACGUGCAAGAAGCAGGAUCGGGCUCAGGGUACAACGUCAACGUGGUCAAGCCUACUGGGUCUGGCAGUGGUAGUGGAGGCGGCAACAGCGGUGGAGGUUCGGGAGGAGGCGAGCGGAGGAGAAGGGGAAGGAGGAAGUAG